UACGAGGAAUAGGUAAUAAUUAACAGCUAAUCCAUUAUUUAAACCAUCGCCAGCGUAGCUAAUUACACAUUAACAAAAUCAAUCAUAACAAGGUGUUUGUUAAAAAGCCUGAACGAAAAAAAAUAAUGGCUGCUAGCAAAACGCCAACCAUCAAACAGUGCGUAUCCAAGGGUCGAGAAAACGACAGCGUUGUGGCAGAGAUGGACAGAGCUCUGCUCACACAGUGCGGCUCUUUCCCGUACUUCGCGUUAGUUGCUUUCGACGUUGGCGGGGUUUUACGGCUACUGAUAUUGCUCCUGGCUGCACCCUUGGCCUGGAUUUGUCGGCAUCUAGUGUCGGAAUCUGCCGAGGUUCGAGUUCUCGUAUUCGCGUGUUUUGCCGGGGUUAGAAUUAAGGAUAUCAAGUCGGCUGCAAAUGCUGUGUUGCCGAAGCAUUACUCGGAGGACUUGCACCCCGACACGUGGCGCGUGCUGUCGGCUUGCGGUGGGAGAAAAUGUGUGGUGACGGUGAAUCCUAGGAUUAUGGUUGAGCCUUUCUUGAAGAACUAUUUGGAUGUGGAUUUUGUUUUGGGUACUGAGAUUUUGUCGUGGAGAGGUGUUGCCACCGGGUUCGUGGCGGCUCCGGGGGUGCUUUCCGGUGAGGCGAAGGUGGUGGCUGUUGGGAAGGUGUUUGAGGAUUCGUCGGUGCCGGAGAUUGGGAUCGGUGACGUGGAGACUAGUGACUUCUUAUUCAUGAAUCUAUGCAAGGAGAAGUACACAGUUCCAUCGAAGCCGCGCAUCCGCCCCGUGAAACCGGAAGACCUCCCGAAGCCAGUUAUUUUCCACGACGGCCGCCUCGUUCAAAAACCCACACCACUAACGGCGUUACUAAUCAUUCUAUGGUUCCCAAUCGCCGUUCCGUUAUCCAUACUCCGCGCUAUCUUCGUGGCGCUAUCCCCUCUUUCUUUAACCUACUACAUUUUCCAUAUUAUAGGCUGCCCAAUCACAAUUAAACGGGCCCCACCUCCUAAAGCCAAAAACUCCAACGGAGUCGCGUUUGUUUGUUCCCACAGAAGUCUCAUCGACAGUACCAUCGUAAGUGCCGCCCUCGGCCGCUCCACCACCAGCGUAGCCUACUCUAUAGCAAGACUAACCGAGAUAGUGUCGCCGGUGAAAACCCGUCGGCUGACGAGGAACCGGGUCGACGAUGCUAAGAUAAUAUCGGACAUCCUUAAAUCAGGACACGAUUUGGUCAUAUUCCCCGAAGGAACAACCUGUCGGGAAAAUUAUUUGCUGAGGUUUUCGUCGCUGUUUGCGGAAUUAACCGACGAGAUUGUGCCUGUGGCGGUCGAUUUGAGAGUGGGUGUGUUUUAUCCGACUACCGUAAGAGGCCGUAAAUGGCUUGACAUGUUCUUCUUCGCUAUGAACCCUAGGCCCGAAUACGAGGUCACGUUUUUGGACAAGUUGUCGCCCGAGCGAACGUGUGGCGGGUCCGGUAAAUCGAGCUACGAGGUUGCGAAUAAUGUGCAAGAAACGAUUGGUCGGGCUUUGGAGUUCGAGUGUACUAAUCUUACGAGGAAGGAUAAGUACCGGAUGUUGGCCGGAACCGAUGGUCUCGUCGGGAAAAAAUGUUAAGGGCGGUUGAUACAAAUGAAUGUUGUAGAAAAAUAAUAUUACAUGUGCACUUGUUAAUUUGAAUGUGAAAUGCAAUAAUAAAAUUAACUAAUAAUCAUGAGAAAUUAUUUACAUUUUUCUUU